GUGAUGAAUGUCUGUAUGAAACCUUUCCUGAACUUCCUUUGGAGGAAGCUCCAGAAACUGAUGGAGAGGCUGCAAACAUCCAGUGUCCAACAUCUGCCCACAUUCAAGAGCCGUCUUCUCCAGCAACCUCCAGCGAAGCUUUUACGCCGAAGGAGAGCUCUCCUUACAAGGCUCCGAUAUACAUUCCUGAUGACAUUCCUAUUCCUUCAGAGUUUGAGCUUCGAGAAUCCAACAUUCCUGGAGCAGGAUUAGGGAUAUGGACCAAAAGGAAGAUUGAAGCAGGGGAAAAGUUUGGUCCUUUUGUAGGAGAGCAGCGGCCACACCUUAAAGAUCCCAGUUAUGGUUGGGAG